CAGUUCUCCCCCGGUCCUCACCUGAUAUCGUGGAGCUUUAGGAGAACUAGAAAAUAUGGACGCAGAGAACCGUAUUCACGCCGCUUCCAAAUUCCUUCUGCAGUCUCCCCCAGGAGAGAUCAACGACGUGCUUAAUGAUGUACGUAACAUUAUAUCAGAUGACGAAAGCCUGCAGACUGGUAUUCUACCGGCACUGAGGGAGUACAACCUCGCCCAAUUCAUCACUGCCGAGGUACCAGGUCACCAGCAUCAAUGCAUCGUUAGUGAGGCCGCACGGGUACAACAGGCGGGUGGUGAGGGUGAUGAAGAGCAACAGGAUAGAUUUUGGGAUCCCAGAUCGCGGACGAGCUUCCGUUUCGACCAUCUUGCUUUGGAAGCAUCUGAUUUAGAACCUAUAGAACCAGACGCGGACUCUGAGCCAUUCAGACUUGCACUCGAGAACUCUUCGCUGACAUACCUGUCUGCGCACUUUCAUGACGGUGUUGCCGCCGUCUUCUCUACCCAAGGCAACCCGGAUCGCUUCAUAAUCCAGGUGGUCGCGAACAAGUACAAUCCUUCGAAUUUCUGGUCUGGGCGGUGGCGUUCAGAAUACAUUGUCAACCUUAACGAACGAACGCUCGAGGGCAAGAUUCUUGUGAACGUCCACUAUUACGAGCAGGGCAAUGUGCAAUUGUCUACUUCGCACACUGUUUCGCUUGAGCUGCCCCAAACUAUCUCUGCAGAGAAUGCUACAGCCUCUGCAUCAAAAGUCCUUGCCAUAGUCGAGACGGAGGAGUCCAAGUACCAGACGUCCCUCAACGAGGCAUAUCAGGAUAUGGGCGAGAAGACGUUCAAGGGUCUCCGGAGAGCUCUGCCCAUGACCCGUGCGAAGAUGGACUGGGACAAAGUCCUUGGGUACAAGCUUGGUCAGGAAUUAUCCGCUAGCAAGGGCGGAUUCGCAGCAGCAUGAAUGCGCCCCACGUCACGAGAAAUACGGAUAAA